CGUGCACAAUGAGCUCCUCUCGGGCACCCAGGAUGGGGUGUGUGGGAGGGCACGGGCUGAUGGCAUUGUUGCUGGCCAGUCUCAUUCUACCAGGAACCUUGGCAAAGAGCAUCGGGACUCUCUCAGACCCCUGUAAGGACCCCACGAGGAUCACCUCUCCCAACAACCCUUGUCUCAUUGGAAAGGCUGGCUCCAGCAGCCUCAGCAGCCAUGGUGGAUCCAGCACUUCCCAGGGAGCUUCUUCAGGAUCUCUGAUCUUUAAACCAGGAACAGGGUAUUCCCAGAACCCCUAUUCCUCUGGGUCUGGCUCCUUCCAGUCCGGAAGCAGCGGAUCUCAGCAAGGAAGCGGUGGAUCUCAGCAAGGAAGCGGCGGAUCUCAGCAAGGAAGCGGUGGAUCUCAGCAAGGAAGCGGCGGAUCUCAGUCAGGAGGCAGCAGCUCCCACUCCAGUGGCUCCCACUCAGGAAGCAGCAGCUCCCACUCGGGAAGCAGCGGCUCCCACUCAGGAAGCAGCAGCUAUCAGACAGGAGGCAGCCAUUACCAGACAGGAAGCAGCAGUUCCCGAUGGGUAAGCAGCAGCUCUCAGUCUGGAAGCUCAGGAAGCAGCACCCGGGAGGGACCAGGAAAUGGCUCUGCUCUGCCAGUCGAUGACAACUCUUCCCGCCAGACCUCAGGCACCUUCCAGUCAGGAGGCUCCUACACUUCCCACAGCUCCGUGGUGUCUAGCAGCAUUUCCAACCAGCGGCCCUGUAGCUCCAACGUGCCCGACUCUCCCUGCAGUGGGGGUCCCGUCGUCACACACUCCGGGCCCUACAUCUCCAGCUCUCACACCGUCUCGGGCGGGCAGAGGCCUGUAGUGGUAGUGGUGGAGCAACACGGCUCUGGGGGCCCUGGAGGGUUUCAAGGCAUGCCCUGUAGCAACGGCGGCCCCUCGGGCAAGCCCUGUCCUCCCAUCACCUCUGUCCAGAAACCCUAUGGCGGCUACGAGGUGGUGGGUGGCUCUGCCAACAGUUAUCUGGCCCCAGGCAUGACCUACAGUGGGGGUAAAAUUUACCCCGUGGGAUACUUCACCAAGGACAACCCUGUCAAGGGCUCGCCAGGGGCCCCCUCCUUUGCGGCUGGGCCCCCAGUCUCGGAGGGCAAGUACUUCUCCGGCAAUCCCAUCAUCCCCAGCUACAGCUCUUCCAGUUCCAGUGCCUACCCAGCCUCGGGCAUCGUGUUCCAGCCCUGUGGUGUCGGUUCUAAGGGUUCUUGCUCCGGUUCGAGAAUUCAGAUCACUUCCAGCAGCUCCUCUACCUCCUUCCAGCCCUGCGGCAGCGGUGCUUCCCAGGGGCCCUGCUCCCCACCAGGCACCGGCUCCAUCGGUGGGGGAAGCUCCUCCCUCUCCACCGGCAAAAUUGUCCUCCAGCCCUGCGGCAGCAAGUCUAGCUCUCCCGGCUACCCCUGCCUUUCCGUUUCCUCCUCCACACUGAACGGAGGUCUGAAUGGCUCUCCUCAGUCCGUGGUGGUCAAGCCUUGUGGUCUCAACAGCCCUGGAAGGGUACCCUGCCGUUCCAUCCGAGACAUUCUGGCUCAAGUGAAGCCUCUGGGGCCCCAGUUAGCAGAUCCGGAAGUUUUCCUGCCACAGGGAGAGCCACUUGACAAACCUUAAGUCACACAAGCCAGCCAUCUCCCAACUGGAAGAUGUUCAGGGGCUCAGUUUCCUGUCCGCCUUCCAGGAGAGCCCUAUGCCGCAGGCUCUGGUCACCCUUAUUCGGCGCCGGCGAUGGUGGACUCCGUUCCUUUCCUCCUCUCCUGGUGCUGCCAUCCUGUUCCGCUGUGGUGCCCUCUCUGCCUGAUCACCUACCUUAAAGCUCACUUAUUCGGGUUCUUGACUGGGAAGUCCUUGAAACACUCUCAACGGUGCCUCUGCCCGUUUGCCAAAAAAGGCGAGAUCCAGCCCAUCACCCCGCACUUCUCACUGACCUCUCCACCCUACCAGACCCACACCCAACGCACCCUCCUCUGCUCGCCAUCUGAGCCCCUGUUGGGUUACCACAGAUACUGUCCUGUGCGUGUGGACCCCCAGGGCAUCGGCAGAACCUGGUACAGACUCCCGGCUCUCUCCGGAUCCUGGACAGGGCUCAAUAAACUUUGUGAACUUUGUGCAAACUUUUUGCUUUCCUGGAGUCCUAGGUCUCUUCUCUAGUACCUGGGCAGUACACCUCCUGUGCCUCUAGAGGGCGCAUGUUCCCCGUUUCUCUUCGUAAUUUGGUUCAGUGUUUUCUGUCUCACGCCUC